UUUGUAACAUCUGCUUUUAAUUUUAGAAGCAUUUUAGUCAAUUUGCUGCAUGACAGUAUUUGUCAACACCAGAUAACUAUGACCACUAACAUGCCUUACUCUGCUGAGACUGGUUAAUGGGCUAGACUGAGAAAUAAUAUGCAAACUCCUCUCUUAUCAGGAGAGAUCAGUUCCCAAAGUGACAUGGAUAUUGUUGGUGUAGGUGAUACCUUUAACCAUGACAUCACUUUAAACCCCUGGGCAACGCUCAUGCCCUUGGGAGUGUAUUGCUGCUGAAGGGGACUGCUUGACCUGAAACUCUGAGACUCUCUAUGUUGAAUUUCCUUCUGCUCAAGGGAGCAAAGCUGCUGGGUUCAGUCAAGAAUCCGUUAUUUUUACUGGCUUGCAGUCAGGAGAACUGAAGUGACUUUUACUUUUUUUUUCUCCCAGCCUUUUCAUUUUAUGUUUUCUCCCUAGCCUUUUCUGUUCAUUUUUUCUUACAUUCACUUGACACCUGUCCCUACCUUUGGAGGAUGAGAUAAGUGAAGAACUCUGUCCCUGUCAAGACAAGGAGCAGAAUAUGCCUGCACAAAAAGGGCCAGAGCAGGAAUCAAACCUCUCCUGGGCAGGCAGGGGUGGGAGAGCUCCUUUGCAGCAGUUUGCAUUCUGGCGUGCCAUCAGUGGGGUUUUGUCACUGUAGUGGGUAGCAGGUUUCUCUCUUGCUUUUGUUUUUCCUUGUCUUUUUUAUUUCUAUUUCUUUGGAGUCAUCAUGCUGCAGCAAAUUUUGCGUGAUAUGUAUAUUGACCCUGAGCUCCUGGCAGAGCUGAACGAAGAGCAGAAGCAGAUCUUGUUCUACAAGAUGAGAGAAGAGCAGCUGAGGCGCUGGAGGGAAAGGGAAGAAAAAGCCCGAAUGGAGGAGGCUGUGCUGAGAAAGACAGCGAGGCGCAACCAGAGUAACGGCAAACACGUGCACUGGCUGCGGGGCAAGGACGGUGAGGUCUGGGUCUGGGUGAUGGGAGAAGCCCCGGGGGACAAACCCUACGAGCAGAUCUCGGAGGAGCUCAUAGCAGAGCGGGCCAGGCAGCAGGCACAGAAGGAGGCAGAAGAAUUAUGGAGACAAAAGGAAGCUGAAAUAACAAAGAAAUUCCGUGAUGCUAUGGCUCAAGAAAAAGCCAGAAUAGUGGCAGAAAAAUGGAAAAUAGAAAUGGAGGAUCGGAAAGCAGCCAAACUGGAGGAAGAAAAAAUUCAGGAGGAACUGAAGAAAAGAGAAGAAGAGGAAAGACAGAAAGGUGAGGAACUUAUCAGGCAGCAGGAAGAAAUCCGGGCAAAGGAGCUGUACCUGAGCCUGAAGCAAGCUCAGCAGCACAGUCAGCACAGCGACGAUGACCAGGAGUGGGAAGAACAGUUGCGCCGCUCCAAGGCUGCUGACGAGGAGAGGAGCCACAAAGCGCGCAGGGCGCGGGAUGAAUACCAACGGCAGUCCCUGCGCGCCAUCCAGAAGGGAAGAGUGGCUGGCCUGAGUCAUUUGUUCCAGGGGACAAACCUGGGCAAUGAUCAGGAGAUCAAACUGAACAACAACAGUGCGACCCCUUUGCUGUCUUCUGCAGCAUCCAGUAACAUCUGGGAGCGCCCUUCUCGGCCCUUCUCCCGAGACGUCAUCAUUCGCUGGUUCAAGGAGGAGCAGAUCCCUCGGCGGGCUGGCUUUGAGAGGAACACCAACAGGAUUGCUCAGUGGUUCCAUGGCAUUAUCAGCCGUCAGGAAGCAGAGGAGUUGUUGAUGAAUAAAUCCGAAGGUGCAUUCCUGGUGCGAGUCAGUGAGAAAAUCUGGGGCUACGCAUUGUCCUAUCGCCAGCAAAACGGCUUCAAGCACUUCCUGGUUGAUGCUUCGGGGGAUUUCUACAGCUUCCUGGGGGUAGAUCCAAACCGACACCCAACACUCACAGAUCUGAUUGAUUUUCACAAGGAAGAAAUUAUCACGUCCUCAGGUGGGGAGCUACUCCUGGAGCCAUGUGGACAGCAGAAGAAUCCACCAGACUAUAGCCCUUUAUUUGAAUAACUGAUCCAGGACCAACAGGAAUGCAUUCUGGAUAGCUGUAGUAAUAGAUAGUUACAAAAAUAAACAAUGGAAGUAGUUAACCCACUUUCAAAGCCACUGGUCUUGUGGCCAAAAAGUAUCCUCAUUAGGAGGCCUAAAAUAUUUCUGAUUUGCAUCUGAAUUAUCAUCAUCAUUAUUCAUAUUGCUAGCACUUGAAAGGUAAGAAAUUACCAGAAAAUUGCAAAAGAGGACUACUUCCAAGAAAAUUUCAAGGGGUUGUAGCCAAUUGCACUGAAUACUAAGUUCCUGUCUUAAUUUUCUCAUGUUUUAUACUGCAAGAAGCAUGGGCAGGAGCUAUUCAUAGAGUACUGUAUGUAGUAUCAAUGUUGGUGAACAGAUUCUGUGUUCCAAAGCAAGGUUUGACAGUUUCUGUUGACAAUUUCAUUACCCAGUGGUGCACUUUGGUAACAGGAGAAGCAGUCUUCAAACAUCCCUAUGAAGUUUGUGAUUGUGUAUGUAAUUAGGUGAAACUUGCCAUUAUGCUUUUAAAUUCAGGCCUACAAAGUUCUCCACAGGAUAAGGUCAUACACAUUUUAUUUACAUUUUCAUGAAGCCCAACAGCCUUGGAAGGGACUUUACUCCUGUACAGUAAGUGGUCAGUUUAUUCUAAAGGAAACUGAUUUGCUACAAUUCUCUCACUGGCUGUGUCAUGCUUUCCACUUUUAGAUGUGCAAGAGACACAGUGGAUAUUGCUAGCUUUAUUUUGCUAUAGGACUGGGUAUUUUCCUUAUCUGAGUUAUGAGAGAGGGUGGAGAUAGUAUAUCUAUAUAUAGAAAAGGUACAUCUAAUUACAUUAUCAUCAUGCUAUUUUAUGGGUAAAAACAAGAUGCACACAAUGUGUUCCUGAUCCAUUUGCUAUAAAUAUUAACCCCAUGAAAACAGACCAGUAGCCUAGAUCUGUGGAGCAGUUGCUUAGUGUUUGGACUAGAAAAAUAAUAAAAUCUCACAGUACACAUAGGAAAGGUACACUGAGCAUAUUUCUGUAAGCUACUGCUUUGGGCAGUCUCUGAGUCCUGUGGGGUUCUCUUCCUGGGAACCUCCUGUAAAUCCCUUUCCCCUCAAACAGUCAUUUGACCCUUGACUCACUGUUACCUUCUGUACUCUGACUUAUCUAGAUGGUAAAAUCAACUAAGAAACUUGUCACGUCCAAGCCAAUAAAGCACACUAAACAUUUAAGGUGCUACAACAGUAAAUACUUGUGGUAGAAAUAGCAAUAUUUUUAUAAUUAACUUUAUGGCUAGCUCAUAUUAAAGUACAGAUUUUUGCCCACAAGCUUCAUUCUUGGUCAGGGACUUUUUCUUCUGUUAACAUUGGGCUUUGUGUGAUUUAAUCCAUCAAUGUAAAUGACCCAUGACGAGAAAAUUUUAUUGAACUUCCUACAGAGACAGCCAGGCAGUUUCUGUGCUAAUCACUUGGCACACUGGCUCAGGAGGUUUUAAAUAGUUACUGUUAGCACCUCAGAACAAAGCAAGUCAGGACAGCAGAUAAGCAAAAAGCAAGAAAGAUCUGCCUCUCUGAGAGACCAGCUUUGCACUUUCUCCUUCCUUCAAAGGCAUCUCAAGAACCACCUCAGCCUCAGGUUAUUCACAGCUGCAGUUCUUUCAUGGAACUACUGGACCUAUACUUAAAGGACAAUGGAAGGGGACCUCUGAAAUUAUGAAAAAAGGAAAGUAUCUACAGACUUAUCUCUGAGGUCAGAAAGUGGUAGGUGACUGUGUAAGACCAGUCUUUUGCCUUUAUGCACUGAAGAAAACCCCCCCAAAAAACCAAGAACAACAAAAACAACAGCAAUAAACGACAAAAAAACCCAAAAUGAACAAAAAAGAACCCCCAAACCAAAACAACAACAAAAAACAAAACAAAAAUAAAAACCCCCAAAAACUCACCAAAACAAAACCAUGAAAUGCUGCCUUUUCUCUGGAAAAGGUGCCAGGCAUGCUAGAAGACAUACAAAUUCCAAAGUUUUUAGAAGAUUACUCAACAUGAUACUGUGAAUGGUUAUAGACAGAAUAUUGAAGAACUUGUUCCACAUGCAAUUCACAUUCAGAUGCUGAUAGCAAUACAGCUAUUUGUUUUUAGUGACACAGUUCCCAGCAACUGCUUGUGUUUUGUUUAGCCAUUAAGAAGGCCUGGAAAUAAUAGUUCUUUAGCUUAUGUGGCCUUUUGCAAUGUAAUUAACAUUAUUUUCACUUCAGAGUACAUUUCCUAAUUCUAAUUUUCUAAUUU